AUGUCUGCGCCACCGGAGCCCGUGCCGCAGGUCGUGGUGGCCGACGUGGAGAAGCUCCAAGCCGCCGAGAGCUCUGGAUCGGCGUCCGGGGACGAAGCCAAGGCCCCCGAGCCAGACGAGUUGCGCCCGGCAGAGAAGAAGUGGUAUCGACGACUGAAUCCCAUCCGCUGGCAGACGCCGCCGCCCGUGCCGGAGGAGCGCACCCCAUCGCGCGAACAUGGCGCCUCGUUUUUAAGCAUCAUCUCGUUCCAAUGGAUGUCGCCGUUGAUGAAGGUCGGAUAUUUGCGGCCCCUUGAACUGCAAGAUAUCUGGACGGUGAACCCUGAUCGCGCCGUGGACGUCCUAUCAGAACGCCUCGAUGCCGCGCUGGACAGUCGCACCGCGCGCGGCACCAAGCGCGCCCUCCUCUGGGCCCUCUUCGACACCUUUCGCUUUGAGAUCAUCCUCGGUGGCAUCUGUCAGUUCUUCAGCUCGCUCCUGUUGGUGUUCGCGCCCUACCUGACCCGGUACCUGAUCUCCUUUGCGACCGCGGCUUAUGAGGCCGAGAUGAGCGGCCAACCUGCGCCCCAUAUCGGGCGCGGCAUGGGUUUCGUCGUUGGUAUCACCUGUAUGCAGGCCCUGCAGAGCUUGUGUACCAACCAAUUCCUGUUCCGCGGCCAGAUGGUCGGCGGUCAGAUCCGCGCUGUGCUGAUCUCGCAGAUCUUCAACAAGGCGAUGAAGCUGUCCGGCCGUGCGAAGGCAGGUGGUCAAGCAACGGCGGAGGAACUGAAGGCGCUGCAAUCAGCCAAGGACGCUUUGGUCAAGCCAGAUGCCCCACAAAAAGGGCAAAAAGAGAAGAAGCAGGAUCCGAAAGCGACGGCCGAUGCGGCCCAGGGUGUGGCGGGAGACGGGCGUGGAUGGAACAACGGCCGCAUUAUCGCGCUGAUGAGCAUCGACGUCGAUCGCAUCAAUCUUGCUUGUGGUAUGUUUCAUAUGAUCUGGACGGCGCCCAUCUCAAUCAUCGUCACGCUCGUGUUGCUGCUCGUCAACAUCGGCUACAGCUGUCUUUCCGGGUAUGCGCUCCUGGUGCUCGGGAUACCGUUCCUGACCUAUGCCGUACGAUUUCUGGUUAAGCGACGACGUAAUAUCAACAAGAUUACCGAUCAGCGAGUCUCACUUACCCAGGAGAUCCUGCAAGCUGUUCGAUUCGUGAAGUUCUUCGGCUGGGAAAGCAGCUUCCUGGCGCGCCUGAAGGAAAUUCGGAAACGUGAGAUUCGGUCCAUUCAGACCUUGCUGGCUGUUCGGAACGCUAUCCUGUGUGUUUCCAUGUCAAUUCCUAUCUUCGCUUCUAUGCUAGCGUUCAUCACCUACGCGCUGUCCAAGCACGAUCUGAACCCGGCUCCCAUCUUCUCGUCUCUUGCCCUGUUCAACUCGCUGCGGAUGCCACUGAACAUGCUGCCUCUGGUGAUUGGCCAGGUGACUGAUGCGUCCACAGCGCUGAACCGGAUCCAGGAGUUCCUUUAUGCCGAAGAGCAGAGCGAAGAUAUUGAAAAGCUGGAAGAAAUGUCCAAUGCCAUAGAGAUCGAAGAUGCCUCCUUCACCUGGGAGCGCUUACCGACAGACGAGAAAGACGCAGAAAAUGCCAAGAAACCUGCAGGGCGUCCGGAAGCCAAGGUGACCUCUCCCACAGAAAAAGAAGGUCUCGAAGAAGAAACCCCCGCUGAGCCGUUUCAGCUGAAGAAUGUCUCACUCGAGGUCGGACGGAAUGAGCUCCUCGCUGUCAUUGGCACCGUGGGCUGCGGUAAAAGCUCGUUGCUCUCUGCUCUGGCCGGCGACAUGCGAGUCACUGAAGGCAAGGUGCGGAUGAGCACUACCCGAGCUUUCUGCCCACAAUAUGCCUGGAUUCAGAACGCCUCGGUCCGCAACAACAUCCUAUUUGGCAAGGACUAUGACGAGAAAUGGUACAAUGAUGUGAUUGACGCAUGUGCUCUCACCCCGGACUUUGCGAUUCUCCCCAACGGCGACCAGACCGAGAUCGGAGAACGUGGAAUUACAGUUUCCGGCGGCCAGAAGCAGCGACUGAACAUCGCGCGUGCUAUUUAUUUCAACGCCGAGUUGGUUCUCAUGGAUGAUCCGCUUUCCGCCGUAGACGCCCACGUUGGUCGCCACAUCAUGGACAAAGCAAUCUGUGGCCUCCUCAAGGACCGGUGCAGGAUUCUGGCUACCCACCAGCUCCACGUGCUUAGUCGUUGCGACCGUAUUGUGGUCAUGGAAGAAGGCAAGAUCCACGCUGUCGACACAUUCGAGAAUUUGAUGCGCGAUAACGAACUCUUCAAGCGGCUCAUGGCCACUUCCGGACAAGAGGACUCGAAGGACGACGCAGAGGAUGCUGCUGAAGAUGUGACCGAAGAGCCCAAGGAGAAAGAGGCCAGUCCUAAGAAGGCUGCCCCUGGCAAACCAGGAGCGGCUCUGAUGCAGCAAGAAGAGAGGGCCACGGCCUCGGUAGGAUGGGGUGUGUGGAAGGCAUACAUCCACGCCUCUGGCAGUUACUUCAAUGCCCUUGUCGUUUUUAUUCUCCUCGGCCUUGCGAAUGUCGCCAACAUCUGGACUAGCCUGUGGCUCUCGUACUGGUCCUCUGACAAGUACCCCUCGCUGUCGACAGGUCAGUACAUCGGCAUCUAUGUUGGCCUCGGUGGCUCGGUGGUUCUGCUCAUGUUCGUAUUCUCGACGUAUAUGACGACCUGUGGAACCAAUGCCAGUAGAACUAUGCUGCAGCGUGCAAUGACUCGUGUACUACGGGCCCCGAUGUCGUUCUUUGACACGACUCCCCUGGGCCGAAUUACCAACCGCUUCUCGAAGGAUAUUCAGGUCAUGGACAACGAACUGUCGGACGCGAUGCGUAUCUAUGCGUUGACGAUGACUAUGAUCAUUUCAGUCAUGGUCUUGAUCAUCGUGUUCUUCUACUAUUUCGUCAUCGCUCUCGUCCCGCUGUUCAUCCUGUUCCUACUCGCUGCCAACUACUAUCGUGCCUCAGCACGUGAGAUGAAACGACACGAAGCAGUCCUCCGAUCAAUGGUCUAUGCUAAGUUCGGCGAGGCCAUCACCGGCACUGCUUGCAUUCGUGCGUAUGGUGUUCAGAACCAGUUCCGACGGAGUAUUCGGACUUCUAUCGAUGUGAUGAACGGUGCUUACUUCCUGACUUUUUCGAAUCAACGAUGGCUCAGCGUCCGACUGGAUGGUGUCGCCACAGCUCUUGUCUUUGUCACUGGUGUCCUAGUUUUCACCUCGCGCUUCAAUGUCUCCCCCAGUAUUUCCGGUCUAGUUCUGUCGUAUAUCCUAGCCAUCGCUCAGAUGCUUCAAUUCACCGUCCGCCAGCUUGCUGAAGUGGAGAACAACAUGAACGCCACAGAACGUGUCCACUACUAUGGUACUGAGCUAGACGAAGAAGCCCCUCUUCACAGGGUGGAGGUGGAACCGUCCUGGCCGGAGAAAGGACGUAUCACAUUUGACAGCGCGAAGAUGAGAUAUCGAGAUGGAUUGCCGCUCGUUCUCAAGGGUCUUUCCAUGGACGUCCAGGGAGGCGAGCGGAUUGGUAUUGUUGGCCGGACCGGCGCCGGCAAAUCGAGUAUCAUGUCAGCUCUAUUCCGUCUUACCGAGCUAUCUGCAGGCACGAUCCACAUUGACGGAGUGGAUAUCUCCACCAUUGGUCUCUAUGACCUCCGCUCCCGCCUAGCCAUUAUUCCCCAAGACCCGGCCCUCUUCAAGGGCACCAUCCGAUCCAAUCUGGACCCAUUCAACGAACACACGGAUCUUGAGCUAUGGUCUGCCCUGCGCAAAGCCUACCUCAUCGGCGAUGAAACACCGGGGCCCGACUCGGAGGCUCUUCCAAGUGUCCCGGGCACUGGUACCACAACCCCUGCCACAGGCAGCGACUCCAAGCCCCGCCCGACAAACCGUCUCACCCUCGAAAGUGCCGUCGACGAGGAGGGUCUGAAUUUCUCACUCGGCCAGCGCCAGCUCAUGGCCCUCGCGCGAGCUCUGGUCCGCGACGCGCGCAUCAUUGUCUGUGAUGAGGCCACGUCCUCCGUCGACUUCGAGACCGACCAGAAGAUCCAGCACACCAUGGCACAGGGCUUCCAUGGCAAGACGCUGCUCUGCAUUGCGCACCGUUUGCGCACUAUCAUCCACUACGACCGCAUCUGCGUCAUGGAUCAGGGCCAGAUUGCGGAGAUGGACACGCCGCUCGCGCUCUGGGAUAACACGGAUGGAAUUUUCCGAGCCAUGUGUGAUCGGAGCGGCAUCACGCGAGACGACAUUUUGGGGAUGAGUUAA